AUGUCUGCCUCGCCCCCUGCUAGAGACCCCCAAACGAACCGGGUGAUCAGGAAGAGAAAGCCAGCAUUGCACCGGAGCGUUUGCCGUAUCUGCAACCACUUCCAGUACUGUGACGAUUAUGAAGAAGUGCACGCCAGAGACGGCCGGCGCACCUCGCGAACUCAGAUCUGGGGCGAUCCUGGCUCGUACGUGAUCCGGAUCCAUACGAAUGAUCUCCUCCGUGAUGGCGGCGAUGUCGAAGAUACCAACCGGCUCCGCAACUGCCCCUAUUGUCGCUUGUUAUACGACGCCCUCAACCUCUUCUUUAACGACGCGUCCCUAAACUGGAUCAGCGAUGCUAAGACGGAUCUGACGAGAAACGUCCGCGUGAAAUUUCAACGGGGCUCGCCUCUGAUCUUGCAAUGCGAAGACGCCAUCCAGUACCAUUUCCAGUUCACAUAUAUUCGAAGCGAUGUCGAAAUCUUCUCCGCGGACUGGGGCAAUAUGGCCCCGUCCGAUUUCCCUACCGCCCGGCUGACACCACCGACGGCGGAACUGGGGGCUGUAGACAAAAAAGUCGAGGGCUUCUUGCAGUACUGGUUUCGAGGGUGUGCGGGCUACUCUGAUGCCACGGAUCAGUGCUACAACACCCCUAACCGAUUGCUCUAUGUCGAUUGUUACACCGAUGAAAUCAAGCUGUGGGAAUGCGAGUCGGAAGUGCCGGGGAUGCCGGAGCUAUACAACCCAAUGGAUUAUGCGACUUUGAGCCACUGCUGGCUUGAUGAUGACCCGAUGCUUCCCAAGCUCUUAACGUCUAACAUCGAGGAGUGGAGGCAAGGCCGUACGAUUUCCGGCCUGCCAGCGGCCGUGAGGGACGCCGCCAAAGUGGCCAACCUCAACGAUGUUAAUUUCCUCUUCAUCGACUCUCUCUGCAUCGUGCAGGACAGCCAAGAAGAUCUCGACGCGCAGCGGCCAAUGGUGGGCUACUACUUUCGAGAUUCAAUCCUGACCAUUGUUGCGGCGGCUUCUCCUUCGCCGGAUGACGAGUUUUUGUAUCCCCCUGAAAGGGACUGGACCACCAAGACGGUUGACUUCAAGGCUCCUUCUGGUGCUAGCACAACCCUGACGAUGCGUAAGAGGUUUUCGCGUCCCGUGUCUCCCUCUGACGCAGUCGACGAGGCGUCCACUCUCAGUCACGUCUCGCCCGGCUCGUUUCGACGGACCGGGCCCCUCUACGCACGACACUGGUGUCUUCAAGAAGCUCUUCUGGGCACGCGAGUGGUCCAUUUCACUUCGGCCGGCAUCAUGUGGGACUGCAAGCGUCACGACUGCACUCGCGAAGGCGUGAGGGUGUACAAGCGGCCCGAAGUAUUCAGGGGGUUGCCGGCUCGAAGUAGGCUUCGCAACGACCUGGACAUGUGGCUCGAAGCGGUCCAGUUCCACACAUCGUGCGAUCAACUGCCCGGGAAAGAUAGACUCUCAGCAAUCUCUGCUCUGGCCGCCAUGUCGGAAAUGGGCAUCAUUGAUCGGUAUGUUGCAGGCCUCUGGUGGGGAAACAUGACUAUGGGUCUGCUGUGGGAAGUCAAGUUGCGGCCGGGACAAACUAACACGACCAAGAUAACGAUGCCGUACAGCGUGCAAAAGGCGCCAUCCUUCUCCUGGGCCUCUGUCGACGCGCCUGUCAUAUUCCAGGACAACUUCCGCUGGUACUUUUCACCCGAAGCGAGGAUGAUUGGAGGUGGUUCUCUCCCCCAAAGAGCAGACGAUCCCUGCGGCAACGUUGAUGGGGCCUGGAUCCGGUUGGAGGCUUACAUGAAGAAGUGCGAAGUCAGCCAAACACUCGGGGGUGCGGCGGGAGGCCACUGGCAGUUUGUUUACUGUCGCAACACGGACGGGACCACGACCAAGAUGCAUCCGUUUGUCGGAGACGGCUCGCUGGUCGUGGUCAAGGGCAAGAAGGCAACCUCGGAGCGGCUGCGUAGAAAGCGUGCCUCCAGAGCGAAGCGUCGUCUGCGCAAGAAGCAGUCAGGGGCUGAGGAUGACAAUCCGAACCACUCGCAUGCCUACUUGGCACGAAACCAUUUUGAGUUCCGGCGGAAUAUGGUAGGGCCCGGAAAGAUCACAGGGGUAGCGUGGGUGCUGUGCGUCAGGCGGCGAGGACAGUUCGAUGAGGAAGAACAAGGCAUCAAGUACGACAGAUUCGACGGGCUGGUGUUGACUCGCUCGAUGAGGUAUCCAGGAGCGUUUGAGCGGAUUGGCUGCAUCCGAAAUGUGCCCAGUACGUUGCUCGACUUCAGCGAGAGCCGUCAAGAGAUUACACUUGUGUAA